CUGGGUCUGUGUACCCACAGGAGUGCAGAGCCCCAUGCUCUAUCCCACCUCCCACAGUGACUCAAGGAUGUAUCUGGGGGUUCCAGAGUCCCCCGUGCCUGUCCCAGCACUGCCUCCCCCAGCUCUGCCGUGGCUCAGGGCCAGAGACAGCUCAGCCAGGAUGUGGGGACACAUCCUCUGCAACAUGCUGGUGUUUCAGAGGCUUCAGGGAGACCAAGCCCAGGGCUGUGUGUGUCAGGUUCCUCUGCCCCUUAAUCAAAAUUGCCUUGGAGGGAGCUCUGCAGCUGGCGCUGGAAUUGGCGCUGCAAUUCCUUGAUCUCAUCUGCUGCAUCAGCCCUUCUCCCCGUGACCCACAGCUCCAUGAUCAAAUGACCCAGCUCAUGUGGGUCUGGGAAAAGGGAAUUUCAGUGCUGCCUGUGGCAGGGCAUGGUCAUCCCAGGGUGGGGAGAAUGUGGGGCAUGGUUUGGUCCUUGCAGAGCCCCAGAAGCCUGGGGGGAACAGGGUUUAGGGCAGCUCAGGAUGGGGAAGAGGCAGAACAGGACAGUUUGGGACAUUUUUGGACUCUGUUCAUGUAAUACCCUCUGCUGGGGAAUGCAGUGGAUGCAGGGCUGAGGCUGGGCUGCUGUUCCCAUUGGGGUGAAGGAGGCCUCUCCCUGCACCCCCAGCUGCUCUGCAGCUCUGGAGAAGCUCUGUCCUGGCUGGGUGGUUUGAAAGAGGAGGUGGGGAGGGGGUACCUGGAAGGUGCAUUCCCCAGCCCACCAGGAACAGCCUCAGUGGGCUCCAGCACACCUUCCAAUGCACUCACUGCACCCACUCAGGUAGAGGAACCCUUACCAUGGGUGGCCAGCCUGGAGCUCAUGGUCCCCACAGAAUGCUCUGGGACCCCAAAAAGCUUCUCCUCCUCAGAGGUUUUCCUUCAAGGAGGCUGAGUGAAACCAUGCUGGAGCAACCUGUGGAAUGUUUGUCCUGGGAGAUUUGUGGCACCUGGUGUCUGUGGGACCACAGCUCCACAUCUUUCUAGAGAUCAUUUCUUCCUCUGGAGAAAAUUCCUUCUUUUUCUUUGAGUUUUGAGAUUUUUUUCCUGAAGUGCUACAGGCGAGGUGGAGCUUUGUUCCAUGGCUGGUUUCCUUGCUGAGCUCUGCUCUGCCUGCCCAAAUCCUGUGGGCAUGAGGAGUGAUGAGCUUCUCCCCUCACUGGGACUGUGCUGUGACAUCCCUGUCACUGGUGGUGGCAAGGAUGGCCCUGCUUGUGGGUGUUUUGGGUGGCAUGAGACCACACCCUUAUCACAUGGAGAAAAACACCAAGGCAAGGGGGGGACACAGGGCACUGUCUGAGGGGUGACAUGAAAGUCACCAUGGGGCAAGCAAGAUGACAGCAGGAGCAUGGAGAGAUGUGGCAGGUGGCACCAUGUGGAGGGACACUGGGGCUGAGGAGGACACUCCAUUGUGGGGAUGGGACUCAGACACCAAUAUAUGGGGUCACAGAGCUGGUCCUCCUGCCUAGAAGAGCAGGAGGUGCUUUUGGGUGACAGGAGAUUGUUUCAGGUGACAAGGAGUCGGUCUCAGAUGACCAGGAGAUGGUUUUAUGAGGCCAGGAGAUGGCCUCAGGUGUCUGGGAGGUGGUCUUGGUUGAUCAGGAGGUGGUUUUGGGGACCAGGAAAGAGUUUUGAGUGGCCAAGAGGGCCCCAUCCUGCCUGUGGUGCAGCCCUAACUGGUGAGGGUUGGUGCCCAAAUGUCCUUGCUGUAGGACCUGGGGACACAGGGGUGGGGCUGCAAAGCCUCCCUAGGGGGAGGACAUCACGUAGGCCCUGGUCCUGUGGACCCCUGUCAGGAGACAUCGUGUGUGUCCUCACUCUGGGGUGUGGGGUGCAGUGGCCUUCUCCCAGGAUGGGGACAUUUAGCACCCAUGGCCAGUGGGAACAAAGACCAAGGUCUGGUGCAGCUGAGGGGCUGUGGGUGCCCUCUCUGUGUUGGACUGUAACAAAUCCUCCUCUUCCUCCACAGCCUUGCCAGCAGCUGCCUCACCAGGAUGAAGGGGACAGCCAAUGUUAACUCCACUGGCCGCAGCCACUUCCAGUCUGCCAUCCCAGUGCCCCGUGCCAUAGCCCAUGGCAAACUGCACCCCACAGCCCCUCUGAGCACCCCGGGGUCCCCUGUCCUCCACAGGGCUCCAUCCCCUCGGCCAGGGAAGCUGCCAGCCCCCAGUCCCAAGACUCUCAAGCCCAAAGCCACGGGCAAAGCUGCUGGCCAUCAGCUGGCUGAGGGCAGGGAGGGAAGCCCCGGUGUCCCUGCUCAGGGAGGGCAGAAAGCCCUGUCAAGAUCCCUGGUGUCCCCUGGAAAAUGGCCAGAGCCAGGGGGCAGUGGGAGGACAGGGGCAGGCAGGGUGGGGGAGCUCACUGAGCUGUGCAAAGCCCCCCUGGCACAGGGCAGGGCUGGGGGGCGGCUGGGAGGGUCCCCUGGGAAGGGCAGGGGAGCAGCCCCAGCAGGGACAGAGGAUGAGUCUCAUGGUGGCUCACAGGGGAGGGGCCCUGUGUUUGGGUCAGGGGCCAUCACUUUCUCCUCAGGGCCCUCACACAGCCACCCCAUCACUGCCACUGUGGCACCCUUCCAGUACCGGCUGCAGGAGGACCGGGAGCAUGAGAGGGCCACGUCCCCGGGUGAUGAGUGCUCCAGUCCUGAGAAGGGAUCUGACCCCAAGCCCAGAGGCCUGACAACAGCAGCAGCGCCUGGCGGGUUAAAUGGUUGCAGCGCGGGGAUGCUGGGGAGCAACCUCAAGAGCCUUCCCGACGUGGAGCUGGGCGAGGAGGAGCGCGGCUUUCGGCGGGGCCCCGACGGCAGCACCGUGAUGCCGAAGCGGGCGAAGGCGGCGGCGGCGGCGCCCGCGGGGCCGCGGGGCGCGGAGCUGCGCGUCUUCAAGGCGAGCAGCGCUGAGGGGCGGCUGCCGGCCGGCUCCAACCUGCGCAAGCAGAAGUCGCUCACCAACCUCGCCUUCCUCACCGACGCCGAGAAGAAGCGGCAGCUCUAUGAGCCUCGCUGGAGCGACGACAUGGCCAAGGCGGCAGCGCCGGGGGCGGCGGCGGCGGGGGGCGGCGGGCGCGGCGGCCCCCGCGGGCGGGACCGGGCCGCCAUGUCGCGGCUCCCACCCCGCUCCGAGCACUCGCUGCUGUCGCCGCGCCCCGCCGGCCCGGCCAAGCCGCCGCCCGCCGGGAAGCCGAGCCGCAUCCCCCGCGGGCCCUACGCCGAGGUGAAGCCCCUCAGCAAGGCCCCCGAGGCGGGCGGCGGCGGCAAGUGCGAUGACGAGUUGCUGGGCGGCAAGGGGCCGGCGGUGGCGGCGGGCACCGAGGAGAAGCCGUACCUGAAGGUAGACCCCGAGCUGGUGGUGACGGUGCUGGGCGACCUGGAGCAGCUGCUCUUCAGCCAAAUGCUGGACCCUGAGUCCCAGAGGAAGAGGACAGUGCAGAAUGUGCUGGACCUGCGUCAGAACCUGGAGGAGACCAUGUCCAGCCUAAGGGGCUCUCAGGUGUCUCACAGCUCCCUGGAGAUGACGUGCUAUGACAGCGAUGACGCCAACGCACGGAGCGUCUCCAGCCUCCACAUCUCCCGCCUGGAGCUGGUCGAGGCGCUGGACAGCGACGACGUGGAGCUGAAAUCGGGGUACAUGAGUGACAGUGACCUGAUGGGCAAGACGCUGACGGAGGACGAUGACAUCACCACGGGCUGGGAUGAGAGCAGCUCCAUCAGCAGCGGCCUCAGCGAUGCCUCGGACAACCUCAGCUCAGAGGAGUUCAAUGCCAGCUCCUCGCUCAACUCCCUGCCCUCCACCCCCACGGCCUCGCGCAGGAACUCGGCCAUAGCGCUGCGCACGGACUCGGAGAAGCGCUCACUGGCAGAGAGCGGCCUGAGCUGGUACGGGGAGGGCGACGAGAAGGCACCCAAGAAGCUGGACUACGACAGCAGCAGCCUCAAGAUGGAGCAUGGCUCCUCCAAGUGGCGGCGGGAACCCUCGGAGGGUGGAGAGGAGGGGCCCAAGGGUGGUGAGCUGAAGAAGCCUGUCAGCCUGGGCACCCCAGGCUCCCUCAAGAAGGGCAAAACUCCUCCAGUGGCUGUGACCUCCCCCAUCACCCACAUGGCCCAGAGCACCCUCAAAGUGGCAGGCAAGCCAGAGACCAAAGCCACCGACAAGAGCAAGCUGUCAGUGAAGAACACGGGCCUGCAGCGCUCCUCGUCCGAUGCCGGCCGUGACCGCACCGCUGACGCCAAGAAGCCGCCGUCAGGGCUCACACGUCCCUCAUCCUCCAGCUCCUUUGGCUACAAGAAACCAGCUCCUGCCACUGGCACGGCCACUGUCAUGCAGGCUGGGGGCUCAGCCACGCUUGGCAAGAUCCAGAAGAGCUCUGGCAUCCCUGUUAAGCCAGUCGGUGGGAGGAAGACAAGCCUCGAUGUCUCCAACGCACCUGAGCCUGGGUUCCUGGCACCAGGGGCUCGCUCCAACAUCCAGUACCGCAGCCUGCCCCGGCCGGCCAAGUCCAGCUCCAUGAGUGUGACCGGGGGCCGCAGCGCAGCCCGGCCGGUCAGCAGCAGCAUUGACCCCAGCCUGCUGAGCACCAAGCCGGGCGGCAUCUCGGUGUCGCGGCUCAAGGAGCCAUCCAAGGUUGGCACUGGCCGUGGCACACCAGCCCCUGUGAACCAGACAGACCGUGAGAAGGAGAAGGCCAAGGCCAAGGCAGUGGCACUUGACUCUGAGUGCAGCACCCUGAAGAGUGCCAGCUCACCUGAGAGCACCCCAAAAGCCCAGGCCAACCUCCCGCCAGCAGCCAAGGUGGCUGAGCUGCCCCCUACACCUCUCAGAGCAGCUGCCAAGACCUACGUGAAGCCUCCCUCGCUGGCCAACUUGGACAAGGUCAACUCCAACAGCUUGGACUUACCCUCCUCCAGCGAGCUGCACACCCCACACACUGCCAAGCUCCAGGACCUGCACCCAGCUGGUGGGCACCUUGCGCCCUGCUUCAGCCCCAGCCCUGCCCCCAUCCUCAACAUCAACUCGGCGAGCUUCUCCCAGGGCCUGGAGCUCAUGGGUGGCUUCAGUGUCCCCAAGGAGGGCAGGAUGUACCCCAAGCUCUCCGGCCUUCAUCGCAGCAUGGAAUCCCUGCAGAUGCCCAUGAGCCUGCCCAGUGCCUUUUCAGGGGGCAGCACCACCACCCCCGCCCCUGCUGCUGCACCCCCUGCCAGCGCAGAGGAAGAAGAGGAAGAAGAAGAGGCAGGAGAGCUGGGCUGGAGUGGGAGCCCCCGGCUGACACAUCUGGACAGUGCCAACCGCGACAGGAACACACUGCCCAAGAAGGGGUUGAGGUACCAGCUCCACUCCCAGGAGGAGGCCAAGGAGCGGCGCCACUCCCACGCGGUCAGCAGCCUGCCCGAGCCGGACGAGCAGCAGGAGCUGCCCUCGCCCCCCGCCCUCCCCAUGGCGCUGGUGGGGAAGGGCCCGCUCACCAGCAUUGUGAGCCCCACUGCCACCACAGCCCCGCGGAUCACCCGCUCCAACAGCAUCCCCACCCACGACUCCACCUUCGAACUGUACAGCACCUCCCAGAUGGGCAGCACCCUCUCCCUGGCCGACAAGUCCAAGGGCAUGAUCCGCUCAGGCUCUUUCCGGGACCCUGUGGACGAUGUUCACGGAUCGGUGCUGUCCCUGGCCUCCAGCGCGUCCUCCACCUACUCCUCCGCUGAGGAGAAGAUGCAAUCUGAGCAAAUCCGCAAGCUGCGCCGCGAGCUGGAGUCCUCGCAGGAGAAGGUGGCCACGCUGACGUCCCAGCUGUCUGCUAACGCCAACCUGGUGGCAGCCUUUGAGCAGAGCCUGGUGAGCAUGACGUCCCGCCUGCGGCACCUGGCUGAGACCGCCGAGGAGAAGGACACGGAGCUGCUGGACCUGCGAGAGACCAUUGACUUCCUGAAGAAGAAGAACUCAGAGGCCCAGGCUGUGAUCCAGGGUGCACUAAAUGGCACUGAUGUCACCCCCAAAGAGCUGCGCAUCAAGCGGCAGAACUCCUCUGACAGCAUCUCCAGCCUCAACAGCAUCACCAGCCACUCCAGCAUCGGCAGCAGCAAGGAUGCUGACGCCAAGAAGAAGAAGAAGAAGAGCUGGCUACGCAGCUCCUUCAAUAAGGCCUUCAGCAUCAAGAAGGGCCCCAAGUCGGCUUCAUCCUACUCUGACAUAGAGGAGAUCGCCACGCCAGACUCGUCAGCCCCCUCCUCCCCCAAGCUGCAGCAUGGCUCCACAGAGACUGCCUCGCCCUCCAUCAAGUCCUCCACAUCCUCCUCCGUGGGCAUUGACACGGCUGAGCUCUUCCAGGCCCACAGUGAGGGCGAGCCCGAGAAGAAGGAGGUGUCAGAGCUGCGGUCAGAGCUGUGGGAGAAGGAGAUGAAGCUGACAGACAUCCGCCUGGAGGCCCUUAACUCAGCCCACCAGCUGGAGCAGCUGCGGGAGACCAUGCACAACAUGCAGCUGGAGGUGGAUCUCCUGAAGGCUGAGAAUGACCGUCUCAAGGUGGCCCCUGGGCCUUCAGCAGUGCUGGGUGCUGUUCCCAGCCACAUCACGAGCACAUCGGCCUCCUCUUCACCACGGCGCUCCUUGGGUCUCACCAUUGGUCAUGCCUUCAGCCCCAGCCCGGGGGAUGCAGACAUGUCCCCCAUGGAUGCUGUCAGCGCUGGCACUCAGAAGGAUGAGCUGACUCUGCGGAUUGUGGUGCGCAUGCCGCCCCAGCACAUCAUCAAGGGGGACCUCAAGCAGCAGGAGUUUUUCUUGGGCUGGACCAAGGUGAGCGGGAAGGUAGACUGGAAGAUGCUGGAUGAGGCUGUCUGCCAGGUCUUCAAGGAUUACAUCACUAAGAUGGAUCCUGCAUCCACGCUGGGGCUCAGCACCGAGUCCAUCUACGGCUACAGCAUCAGCCACAUCAAGCGGGUGCUCGUCACGCUCAAAGGCUUGAAAGAGAAGUGCGUGGACAGCCUGGUAUUUGAAACACUCAUCCCCAAGCCCAUGAUGCAGCACUACAUCAGCCUCCUGCUGAAGCACCGCCGCCUCAUCCUCUCGGGGCCCAGUGGCACCGGCAAGACCUACCUGACCAACCGCCUGGCCGAGUACCUGGUGGAGCGCUCGGGUCGGGACGUCACCGAGGGCAUCGUCAGCACCUUCAACAUGCACCAGCAGUCCUGCAAGGAUCUUCAGCUGUACCUGUCCAACCUGGCCAACCAGAUCGACCGCGAGACGGGCACGGCGGACGUGCCGCUGGUGAUCCUGCUGGACGACCUCAGCGAGGCGGGCUCCAUCAGCGAGCUCGUCAACGGGGCCCUCACCUGCAAGUACCACAAAUGUCCGUAUAUCAUUGGCACUACCAACCAGCCUGUGAAGAUGACCCCAAACCAUGGCCUCCAUCUCAGCUUCCGGAUGCUGACCUUCUCCAACAACGUGGAGCCGGCCAACGGCUUCCUGGUGCGCUACCUGCGGCGGAAGCUGCUGGAGUCGGACACGGACAUCAACGCCAACAAGGAGGAGCUGCUGCGGGUGCUGGACUGGGUGCCCAAGCUCUGGUACCAUUUGCACACCUUCCUGGAAAAACACAGCACAUCCGACUUCCUCAUCGGUCCCUGCUUCUUUCUGUCCUGCCCUAUUGGAAUUGAGGAUUUCCGGACCUGGUUCAUCGACCUGUGGAACAAUUCCAUCAUCCCUUACCUGCAGGAGGGGGCAAAAGAUGGGCUCAAGGUGCAUGGGCAGAAGGCAGCCUGGGAGGACCCCGUGGAGUGGGUGCGGGACACCCUGCCCUGGCCGUCAGCGCAGCAGGACCAGUCCAAGCUGUACCACCUGCCCCCGCCCACCAUGGGGCCCCAGAGCGCCGUGUCCCCGCCCGAGGAGCGCACCGUGAAGGACACCACGCCCAGCUCCCUGGACUCGGACCCGCUGAUGGCCAUGCUGCUGAAGCUCCAGGAAGCUGCCAACUACAUUGAGUCUCCAGACCGUGAGACCAUGGUGGACCCCGACCUGCAGUCGACUCUGUGAGGCCCAGAUGUGCCAGCCCAGGUGGAGGGGAGCUGCUGCUGGGCUGCUCUCCUUUUCCUUCGGCAUCCAGGAGCGUGGGGCUGGCGAGCAAGUGGAGAGGAGAGGAGCAGGGCUCUGGCGUGUCCUGGUGGAGCCUGGGGAAACUCAGCUCAUCUGUGAAAGAGCACGAGUUACCAUCUCCCCUCCCAGCCCUGGGGGUAGGAGAAUCCUGGUUUCUCUUCUUGGUUUUUUCUGUCUCUAUUGCAAACUCUUGGGCUUUGGGACCAAGGUGCCGCUGAGGCUGAGCCCCGCUCCCGGGAGCUGCUGGAAGGCCCCUGCGAGGGGCAGGGACCCUGCAGGAGCCACCUGGGCCACAGCUGGGGAGGAGCUGGGGCUGCAGGAUGAGCACGUGGGCACGAGGGGCUCUGGCUCCCUCUGUGCCCACUGGGCCAGUCCAUUGGAGCCUCCACUGUGGAGCUCCCACCCCGUGCCAGCCAAAGGGAGCACGGCCCUGGCUGCUCUCUGUGCAUUCCCUGUUCCACCUGCAGCUGCUGUGACCAGGACAGCCCAAAAACCCUGCUUUUCUUAUUUUAUUUUGUUUCCCCCUUCCCCUUUUCCUUUGGCCGAGUCCAGACUUUGCUUUGAUCCCUUUUUUAGUUCAGGUACUUUGCUCUCCUGGCCUGGAGCCUGUGGCCUGGUGCCUACUACUUCCCUGGCAGCAGUGUCCUUCCCCUUUGGUUUCUUUUGCAGCUGUUGGUUUCACCACUCAAACCACCUCUGUCACAAAACUGGUGCUUACUGGACGAUCUCCAGUCCCUGAAUCCACCUCCUGGGGCUGCACAGGUUGGCUGAGGUGGGACUUGGAGGCAGUGUGGAGGCAGGUGGCAGCAGGAGGCUCCCAGAGCAGCCCCUCACAUGGCAACUCCCUCCUUCCCCAAGGCACUGGGAUGGUGUCUCCCACCAGGCUGGGGUGCCACAGAGCAUCCCCUCCCUGAGCUGCUGGGGCAUGGGGAGGCUGCUGCUGCUGCCCCAUCCCUGAGGAGCUGGAUGCCAUCCCUGCCCCCUUGGUGGAGGGGGGCCCAACCAACCUCUCAUCCCCUUGGUGCUGCCAGGCCUGGGGCUGUGGGUCAAUGAGCCUGGGGUUGCUCCCCAGGCUGCCUGCUCCCCCUGGCCCUGUGCCUUCCUGUAGCCUGGCAGGGUCUGUGUUGGUGCUCUGGGGGCACCUGGGGCUGCCAUGUGUCCUCCUGGCCUUGUCCUGCAUUGUCAAAAGGCCAGACUCCGUGGAGAGGGUCGGCCCCGGUGCUGCCGUGGUGCCUUAAUCUCUGGCCAUGCGGGAAGGGGGAAAGGGGGCUUGGGACAGUGCUGUCACAGCCUGCUCCAGCAUCCUCUGUCCCCAAAGCCAGCUUGGCUGGAAGGAAUGAAGGUGCUGGGACUGCUGCCUGCAGCACCCUCGCUGGCCUGUCCCCAGCCAUGGCUGUGGGGUGUCCUGCAGGUCUGCACUCCCAUCCUGUGCCCCCUUGGGCUCUGGGGGCCCUCUCCUCCCUGCUGCCCUCCAGCUCAGCCCCCACAUCCUUCUGGGGCCCUGGAGAGACACAUGAGGAGAGGUGACCCCAGGGCCAGAUCACCUGCGCCCACCCUGUCCCCAA